GGGGUAUAGCUUGGCAGUAAUAUUUGCCCUCACAGGCAGUAGCCAAUCCAACUAUAAUCGAUGACAAGUUUGGACUAUGGACAUGACCCUCGCUCCGCCCCUGACCCAAGAUUACUCCGUCCGGUUACACCUGCUGAUCGAAUCGGCUAGUUGCGUGGCUUACCGUCUUUGUAAAUCAACCAAGGGCCAGGGUGUUUUCGAAAAGAAAAUGUUAUACACUCUGGUGAAAAAAUUGGGCCGCUGUUGCUUUUCCCCAUUUAUCUCGAUAAACUCUCACCUCCACGUGAGCAUGACGCAAGGGUGAAUGGAGUGUGGGCAAAAAAUCUCCGUGAAUAUGGAAUAAGUACGUAAACAGUGCUCCUAUAGAAAUGGC